CCUCUAGCUCUCUGCCCGGGGACCGGAGCAGGAUCCCCGGAUCGCCACAGGCCGUACGGUCGGUGUGUGACGGUCGGAGCUGCGGGGAGAACCAGCGGCGGCAGGUGUACACCGGGUUCCGUGCACGGAGCGGGUCCCUUCUGGGCGGAAGCAGCAGGAGCAGGUGGGCGGUAUCAUCCAGCAGAUCAUCUGAGAUCAGAGAGACGCUCACCGCUGCUACCGCCACCGCUCCUCCCUCCUGUCAAGUCUCUCCAGCCGCUGCAGGGUUUUAUUCAGAAAGUCUGGUUUAGUUUCGGAGGAUCCCUGGAAGAAUGAGUGCCUACACUGUGUCGCUGCCUGGCCCUGGCCCCUGGGGCUUCCGACUGCAGGGGGGGAAGGACUUCAACAUGCCACUGACCAUCUCAAGGAUCACUCCAGGCAGCAAGGCGGCACAGGGCAACCUGAUCCAGGGGGACGUCAUUGUGGCCAUCGAUGGCGUCAGCACUGAAGUGACUCACCUAGAGGCCCAGAACAAAAUCAAGAUGGCCAACUACAACCUGGCCCUUACCAUGGCCAAGUCGAAGCGUCCUGUUGCCAUUCCGACACCUAGAAUGGAUGCCACGAUUCCCAUGAUCUCCCACCAACAGUUGGUGCAGGUAAACGGCCGGCUGUCGGCCUGCAGUGCCCUCUCCGGGCCUGCAGAGGCCGACUCUCCCAGCAGGAGAGCAGCGGCAGUCAGCCCCGCUCAGAGGAGGCAGUAUAACUCCCCCAUCGGCCUGUACUCAGAGGAGACUCUGAGGGAGAUGGCGGCUAUUCAGGCGGGUCGACCAACGGGCGCCAACUUCAAUCCCGGUGUGCUUGACUCCGCCUUCUCCACCCACAAGCCCAUUGAGGUGACGGGUCCCGGCGGUAAGGCCACCAUUAUCCACGCUCAGUACAACACACCCAUCAGCAUGUACUCGCAGGAUGCCAUCAUGGACGCCAUCGCAGGGCAGACACAGGCCAAAGGGCAUGACACUGGUAGUAUUCCAAAAGAUCCCCUCGAAUACAGCUCCUCCCCAGUUUAUCAGGCUGUCCAGUGUGCAGAGAAGGACCUGGAGACCUGGACCAGAGCCUCCAACGUGAAGUCCAAGUCCUUCAAGGUCCUGGCCCACAUGACGGGAACCGAGUCUGUACCAGAGGAGGAGGAUGGGGAGGCGCUGAGGAGCAACAGUAGUUACGGUCCACCUCCUGCUAUGCAUCAGGCUCCACAAGCCCCGCCCCCUCAGCAGUACCAGCCAAUCCCACAGCAGUACAAGCAGCUGCCUAUGCAAGCUCCGCCCACCCAGCAGAGCUCAAUCCAGAUACCUGUUGGCCCCGCCCCCGCAAAGGUGGUGAGCACCGCCUGCAUCUAUCCCUCCCAGCCAGCUCCACCUCCAGCUCCAGCUCCGGUCCCCCCCCAGCCACGUCCUCCAGCUGCUGUCUCAGCUCCUCCUCCAGCGGCCCCUGAUUCCUCCAACAGACCUCCCUGGGUGACUGACACCAACUUUGCUGAUAAGUUUGACCCCGGUAAGAUGACCACUUCCAUGAAGGUGCAGCCACUGCCUCAGGCCGCUCCCCCUCCUCCAUCCUACAUCCCUAACCCCUCACCUGCAGGGCCUCCAGCUCCAAGCCCCGCCCCCAUCACUCCCAGCCCAGCCCCAUUCCCACCUGUAGCGAGGGGCGUGGCUCAGCGGGCUGAGAGGUUUGCCGCCAGCAGCCGUACGCCGCUGUGUGGAGCCUGCAACAGCAUCAUCAGGGGCCCCUUCCUGGUGGCCCUUGGUCGGUCCUGGCACCCCGAGGAGUUUAACUGCCACUACUGCCACAUGUCUCUGGCCGAUGUCAGCUUUGUGGAGGAACAGAACAAUGUCUACUGUGAGAACUGCUACGAGGAAUUCUUUGCUCCAACCUGUGCUCGUUGCAACACCAAGAUCAUGGGGGAAGUGAUGCACGCCCUGCGGCAGACGUGGCACACUUCCUGCUUUGUGUGUGCAGCCUGCGGUAAAGCCUUCGGAAACAGCCUCUUCCACAUGGAGGAUGGAGAACCGUACUGUGAGAAAGAUUACGUUGCACUGUUCAGCACCAAGUGUCACGGCUGCGACUUCCCUGUGGAGGCUGGAGAUAAAUUCAUUGAGGCUCUGGGUCACACCUGGCAUGACACCUGCUUCGUCUGCGCGGUUUGCCACGUGAACCUGGAGGGUCAACCUUUCUACUCAAAGAAAGACAAACCUCUGUGUAAGAAGCAUGCCCACGCCAUCAAUGUGUAGAAGCCUGCUGGCUGAUGAUCCAAACGUGAAACCACGAAUGCCAGCCGACAACUUUUACAGAUGUGUGUAAACGCUCUUUAUGCACAUACACGUUUUUUGCGUGCAUUAAUGUUAAUGUCUAAAUCGACCCUGCCUGAUGAUUCUGCUUCAAAACAGGAACUUCUGUCACCCAUCAAACUUGUUUUAUUACGUACUGUCGGUUUUUUCUCUUAUCUUUUCUACCAGAAACUGUUUGUGUGUCGAUGCCGUUCAUAUCAUACAGUUGUACGCAGUUUGAAGAGUGCCAACAUAAAUAUCUCUAGAUUUUUUUUUUUGGAAUAGUUCAAUUAUAAUCAACUAUUAAACUAAUAAAUUCUAAAGAAAGAGUUAAGCUGACUCAAAGUUUAAUCUAAUGUUGCUUUUUUCUGUUUAUUAUAUAUUUUAGAGGGACAGUGCACAAUUAAAAGGAAUAGUGCCAAAGCUAGCUAGCAGCUAAUUUACUGUUGUCACGGCUGGUUUUAAACACUGCAGAGCUUUCUAAUGUUAAAUAUUUUAGUCAUUUGUUUAAUUUAUGUAAGAAUUUCACCUAAAACAUAACAUAUUUAAAAAUUAAAAUAUUAAAUUUGUUAAAAAAGAAACACAUUUGUGAUCUUUUUAACAUUAAAAAUAUGUAUUUUUUCUAAGAGUGCCCUUAAUAUGUAAUUUCAAUUUCAAUUUAUGUGACUUUUGUAAUGUCUCAAGUUAACUUUUAAAUGACUUUCUUUAUAAAUGUUUUUAAAAAUGUGAAAAUUUCCACACUGGUUAUAACUAAAUACUGAAAAAUGUUUUUCCCGGUGACAUGGUUGACACUCCAUAUGUUUGACCUGUACAGCUUAUAUUGUUCUCAUCGUAUCUUGGACUUGUCUUGGUAAUGUGCCUAUUUUUACUUACUUAGGUCUUUUGAACGCUACCUUUUUAUUUUUAUUUUAUUUUAAGUUUGAAAUAGUGUUUUGUCAAAGUUUGGUGUAAACUUACGCCAUAGAAGCUCAAAGGUGUAUUAACAGCAACAGACUGAACAGUGAAGCUUUUCCUUUUUUUAUGUAAAACGCCUCAAUUUGGUUUGUUUUAUAGUCUGUCAGUGAAUGUAACACAGGAAAUGUGGCCGGGCGACACUUUUCUCUGAUCAUGUUCCAGCAGGUUAAAUCUGAAAAACAAGUCUAAGUGCACAACGACGCUGUGAGUCAGUUAUAAUAUGACGCAAAAUGGCAGUAAUUAGACACAAAAUGACAGACACACAAGUGACACAGAGAAGAAUCAAAUUAACCACAAAGAGACACAAACAUGUAGAAAGACACGCAAAACAGGUACGAAGAGACACAAAACAAUGACAAAGACACACAGAACAUGCACUGAGCCUUGCAAAAUGACCUCAAAGAGACUAAAAGACUAUAAACAUACACAAAAGGAAGCAUGAAGAGAUGUAAAAUAACCACAAAAACACAAAAUGUGUACAAAGCAACACAAAAGCAAGUAUUAAAAGAUGCAACAUGACUAAAAAGGCGCAAAACAGCUGCAAAGACACACAGAAAGACUUUUAAGAGGCAUAAACAACCACAAAUUGAAACACAGCUACAAAGAGGCAAAAAACACCUCAGAGAUCAAAAAUGAUCACAGUUGAACAAAAAGGUACUUAAAGAGACACAAAAUGACUACAGUGAGACAUAAAACAACAACGUAGUGAGACAAAAAGACUGUAAACCACCACAAAAGCAAGUAUGAAAAGAUGCACAAUGACUAAAAAGGCACAAAACAGCUACAAAGACACACACAAAAUGACUACAAUAAGACAAAAAUAACAACAGAGACACAACAUGACCUGACCACAAAGAGACACAGUCUAAACAGGGAUAAAAUUACCACAAACACACACAAAAUGACCACAAAGACACACAAAACAAGUACAAAGACAUGCAACAUAACCACGAUGACAAAAAUGACCACAGAGACAAAAAAAUGACCACAAAGAGACACAAAUGUGACAUUAAAUGAUACAAAUUAACCUCAAAGAAACACAAAAAGGCAUCAAAGAGAGACAUAGACAUGCAAAAUGACUACUAUAAAACAAUAAAAGACAACAAAGAAGACCAUAAAAGACACAAAGUAACUGCAGUUAGACAUAAAACAACUGCAAAGUGAGACAAAAAGACUGUAAACCAACACAAAAGCAACUGUGGGGAGAUGCAAAAUGACUAAAAUGACAGAAAAGCGACAAAGACACAAAACAAAACACAAAACACACAAUAAAACAAAAAAAGACAACAGAGACACAAAAUGGCCACAAAGAGGCAAAACAGUCAAUAAAGGGAUAAAGUGACCUCAAGCCACACAAAACAAGUGUACAAACGCAGAACAAAACCACAGACACACAAAACAAGUACAAAGACAUGAAACAUAAUGACAAAUAGACACAAAAUGACCACAAAGAAACACAAAAGUGACAUUAAAAGAUACAAAUUCACAAUAGAAGACAUCAAAGACAGACAUAGACACACAAAAUGACUACAGUCAGACCAUAAACACAAAAAAGAGACAGAACGACCACAAAGAGAUGCAAAAUGACCACAAAGAAACACAAAACAACCACAUGACACCCAAAACAAGUAUACAAACACAGAAAGUAACCACAAAGACACAAAGCACCACCACUAGUCUGGACUAUUUCCUCUCAGCAGUGUGUUGGUGCUUUUGGUUUGUUUUUGAACCUGCUCAGGUGAUGAUGUUGGAGUGAAUCUAUUAAUCUGACUUCUUGUCACAAUGCAGCAAAUAACCUCCAAUUUCAUAUUUAUUGACGAUUUAACUGUGUGAUAUUUAUUGAGAAGCUAAUAUAUCGUCACUGCUGUGUCAAAUUAUUAUUGUUUGGCUGAUGAAUGUCUGGUAUCACAAGAUGUAUUUUCUUUGUUUUUUCUUUUUUUGUAAUGGCACUGUAAAUGUCCUGAAGUGUAACAGCCUCAAUCUUUAUUUUUCACCAUUAAGGCAAAUAUUGGCUCUGUUCACACGAUGCAACGACUCUAUUCACACUGAAUUUAGUUAGGAAAAAAUGCUAACACCUUUUAUGUGUAGAGAAAUAAGUGAGUUUUUCAAUCAUUUAGCAACCUACGGUGGCCAUUAGAGGAACUGCAACUAAAGAAACUGCAAUGUUUGAUGAACAAAAAUCUAUUUUCCACAUGAACUGUGAGGAAUUAUGCACAAUUCUGGGGAAAUAAAGCAAUAAGGAUUUUUAUUUAUGUAGCGAAAUUGUUGUUUUUUUUCCAGUUCAUUUCAAUGCAAGUUUGUGCUUUAGCGGCAUUUGGUGACCAUUAGAGGAACUGCAACUAAACAAAGCACAAAUUUUGCUUAAAAAAUCUAUUUGUUAGAUGAAUAUAAAAUAUUUGGACAUAACUGAAUAAAAACAAAAAGAUUUUUAUGUAGAGAAGUUGUAUUUUUUCCCCCAGUUAAUUUAUGUUUUAGCCUGAUCUGGUGGCCAUUAGAGGAACUGCAACAAAGUGCAAUUUUUGAUUAAGAACAAUCUAUUUUCCAGAUGAACCUUAAGGAUUUGGGCAUAAUUCUGAAGAAAAAAGCAACAAAGAUAUCCAUUUAUGUUGAGAAGUUGUUAGUUUUUCCAACUGAUUUCAAUAGAAAUUUGUGUUUUAGUAGCAUCUGGUCAUUCAUGGAACUGCAAUUAAACAAAGAAAGAAAGAAAAUCUAUUUUUCAGGUGAACUUUUAGAACUUGGGAACACAUUUGGAGAAACGGAGCAGAUUUUUUUAUGUAGACAAAUUGUUAUUUUUUCCAAUUCAUUUCAAUACAGGCCAUGUAUUUUAGCAGCCUCUGGUGGUCAUUGCAGUAACUGCAACUAAACAAGCUGCAGUUUUCCAUUUAAAAAAUGUUUAUAUUUUUCAGAUGAACUGGAUUGACUUUGAUGUUUGAUGAAAUUUUGAAAAAAGUAUGGAUUUUGAAUAUGCUUUUUAGAUGUUUUUAUACUAGUAGUAUGUUUUAGCAGCCUCUGGUGGUCAUUCGAGGAACUGUAGCUAACUACCAACACUUAAUGCUGUAGUUUUUAAGAUGAACUUGAAGAUCAUUAUCAGAAACUUAGAAAAAGACCAUAAAUUUUUAUAUUUACAGACAGAAUUUGCUGGUUUUCCAAUCUGAUAUUUACAGUGUGUUUAUAGCAGCCUCUGGUGACCAUUCUGGCAAUUGUAGUUAAAUAAGCUGUAAGUUUUGAUUUAAAAUAUUAUGCUGCCAUAUGAACUUGAUUUUCCGAUUACUUACCAUACAUGUUCGUGAUUAAGCAACAUUUGGUGGCCAUUAGAGGAACUACAACUAAACAAACUGCUGCCUUUAAAAAAAAAAUCUCUAUUCGUCAAAUUCACUUGCAUUACUUUGGUGCAAGUUUGGUGAAAUGGAAUAUUGAUUUUCAUAUCUGUUCAAAAAUUGGUGGCUUUCCAAUUCAUUUUAAUGCAUGUUCACGUUUGAGGGACUACAACUAAACAAAUUGUAACUUUUAGUUUUAAAAAUGUGAUAUUUUUUCUGAAGAAUUUGAAUUACUUUGGUGUAAGUUUAAGGAAAAGACAAUAUGUUUAAUUUUUUCCCCAAAAUUGGUAGUUUACCACUUCAUUUCAAUGCAAGCUGUGUGUCUCCAGUGGCCUUUGGAGGAACUACAACUAAGCAAAUUAACUUUUGGUUUUGAAAAUGUAGAAUACUAAGUACUUUGGUGUAAGUUUAAAGAAAAGACAAUAUUGACUUGAUAUAUGCGAAAAUUGGUAGUUUUCCAAUUAAUUUCAAUACAGGCUGCAUGUUUUACCAUCAUCUAUUGGCCAAUUAGGAAAACUACAACUGAACUACUAAAAACAUUCAGUAUUUGUCAGAUGAACUUGAAGUACUUUCGUGCAAAUUUGGAUAAAACACAAUACUGACUUUAUUUAUGUAUAAAAAUUGGUAGUUUUCCAAUUCAUUUCGAUACAAGCUGCUUGUUUCCAUUCGAGGAACUGCAGCUACACAAGUUGUCAGGAAGCACAUUUUCUGAUGUUUUGCAGUGUGCACAGAGCCUAAAAUACACUGAACAGAUGACUUGUCACGGAUGGACUUUUGGUUUUAAACAGUUAAUGUUUUUCAGAUGAACUCUGACUUAAAGUUUUUUUUUAUUGUUUUGUUUUUUGAGAGGAAAUUUGAAAUGUUCAGGUGCGUCUCCAGUCUUGAAUCAUGCCUUACUGGACGCCUCCCUGUGAUCUGUUGGCAUCUGAACUUCAUCUCAUCUUGGUCCGACCAGCACACUGUGUGCUGGUGUACAGUUUUUACUUUGAAUUGUACUUUUAUACAGUUUGUGUGUUUCUCAGAGAGUGAAUGUGUGCAUGCAGAAGAGUUUGUUGCAGCAUGUCAGUAUUAGUUUGUGUUUGUCACUGCGUCAUGAGAGCAGAGAAGGAUUAACCCUGCUGUUGUUUAAUACUGGAGUGUUUGAACUGGUUUUAGUGUCACUGAGGAGCAGCAGGACGGGUGGAGAGAAGCUGAAGUCACAUUAAAACUCUGCUUUAGUACAUUUGUUUAACAGGUUUUGAAGAUUAUUUGCGUUGCAGGUUGAAUAAAAUGAGCACUGAAACACUUGAAAACAAUUGCCGUCAAUG